AUGAACCCCUCUUCUCUUUCAGGCCAACCCAUUGCAUCAAUGUCCUGCACUCAAAGGCAGAGGCUCUUGCAAGCCCUCCUCCAUGCAGAGAGCCAGGAACAGAACACCCAAGGCACUGACAAUUUUCAAAUUGUUGGGGUGUCUCCUCCCAAGGCACCCCCAGCCAACCCCAUGUCUCCAACCCAAACUCAACUGACUGAGGUCCAUCUGAUGCCCGAAGUCUACCAAGCCCUGCUAAACUGGAUCAGUGCUCUUGAGAAAGUGAAACACCAUCGCACAAGACUCACUUUACCUGAAGACUCUGAUUCAGAUGACAAAAACAUACCAGAAACUAUCUCAUCAUAUGUCUCAGUGCACACACUUCAGAGAGAAGAGACUCACCUCAAUACCCAGGGCAAGCUGCAUGCAGUAAUGUAUGCCUCUGUUGGUUACACUGCUGGUGGGAUUAUGCCCAACUCCACUGGUCCAUUUGUCAAGGGCAAGGCAUCCUUUCUGGUUCCAAACUUUGAGGGUGGGUUGAAUCAUCCGGACAAUAGGAGGAUCAUGGCUCAAGCUGCCCAAUUGGUCCUUGCCCAUGAGAUGAACCUGGUGCAUGAGAGUUGGAUGGGGGAUGAUUGCUCUGGUGAUGAAGAUGGAACCAAAGGGCCUGAAUGGUGGGCCCUGCUCUACAAAUCUGGUAAGAUCUCUAAGCAAGAAUGUGAUGACCCAAAGUUGGAUGUGUGGGAGAUGAAGCAGCUGUACUGGAUGGAUCUUAAGUACUGGCAAUUCUAUCAAACUAUCCUCACUGCCUAUGCAGAAAGACCAACUGGUCAGAGCUGGGUUAAACAACUCAAGACCAAGUGUGUUGAUUGUGGCUGCGUCACCAAGCAUCUCCCCACCAACAUCCCAUGGAACUUCAUCUUGAACAAAGACUUCAAGAAGACCAAGAUGCUCAAGAUUGUCAAGUGGACAGUCUGUGCAAAAUGUCCUCCUGCUGUUCCCAAGCACUUGAUCAGGGAAUGA